AUGUCAAUGCGGACCGGCGAGCGCCCUCGCGUUCUCGCUUCGCCAAGCUCGUUGUCGGAUACGCAGGCAACCAUGUCGCUUGUCAUGAGGGAUGGCCCAGCGCUGGCCAUGUCCAACGCCUCUACCGUUUCUCAUAUUUCACAACAGCAGCAACAACAACAAGAACGCCGUAUGUCUGAGCAGCCUUCGGAACACCACACCGACCUCCAGGAUGAGAUGAUGUGGCUGCUGGAGGGCACCUCGGAUUCUGACAAUCUCUUGGACCAGAGCCUCUGCUUUGACGCGAAUGCGGACUUUGGGGUCCCAAUGACUCUAAACGAAUUGUCUGCCGCUUCGAUAAAGCACUCAUCUGCGGCGAUGCCGACUCCUAUGACACAAGAAUAUGACAGAACCUCUUUUUUCGACCAGCCUGUGGAUCACAAAAUGCAACCAUCCAUGGAUGCACCACUGAGACGUUCCGGCACAGUCGACUCAGCCCGCAGCAGCUCCAGCACGUACUCAGACGACGGCCUCUCUCGCCACAGCAAGAUCCACGACUGCACCAUGGAGGUCCUGGAAAUCGUCUCGGACUUUCACGUUCUCGCGCAAGGUUGCCUCACAGCCGUCAAAGACCCGGCGUGCACGUCCCAUCUUGAGCGCCUACUCGAUGACACCCCCCGCGAAAUGGGCACCGUCUUAUCGCACAACCGGGAGAUCCUCCGCCGGCUCAACAACCUCCUUGACUGCCGCUGCUUCAUGAGGCAGGAAGUGCUUGUUUUGGUGUACCUGGCCGUAUACAAAGCCCUAGGCUGGUAUGCGGCGAUCCUUGGCGACGACGGUUCGUCCCAAGAUAUAGACCAAUCACAGUUCUCGCUUUUUGGACGCAUAGCCAUCACGACCUCGUUCGUCGGAAGUUACUGUCUGGACAACGAGGCGCAGCGACUCGUUGCCGCGCACCUGGUCCUGACGCACGUUCGCGAACACGUCGAUCCCCUUAUCAAGAGGUUGCGCCACUGGCACCCUUCGGCGGCCAGGCAUAACUCGUUGCCGUCUACACCGUCUUGUCCCGAUGCAACCAUCUGCUCAAUAUCUUUCCCCGCCACCAAGGGACGCAUGUCUAGUGUUAUCGAUCAGCACCACCAGGCACUCCAGGAGGAACUUGAGAGAAUUACUUUCAAGGCUAACAGUAUUAAGCGUACAUGA